AUGGGCACAGCCUCGCCAGCCGAUCGGUCGCCAACAGACACAUCUGAUGCUCUGGUGGGAUGGGUAGCCGAAAGUCGCGGGCGGGGAACUCUCACUCUGGUAUCCAGCUGCAUUUUCACAAUUUUCCUCUGCACUUGGGUAGUUAUCCACCCGCAUGUAUCCAAAAGCCCCUUGCUCCGCGGUCUCCACAAAUUCGCUCUAUUCCUGAAGACGAUCGUGGCGCCAGAGUUGAUCGCUGUAGAGGCAUUACAGGAAUGGAGUCAGGCCAAGAAGAUGAAGGAGAGUUGUGCGACCUUUACGAAAGGUGAUGAGACAUUUACACUCAUACAUGCAUAUUUCAUAGGGAUGCUGGCGCUGAAAUAUCGUACGCCGCUGGGGAAUAAGGUUAUCUGGCCGAAUCAGUAUGUCUGGCUGUUGGAGCAGAAACUUAUUGACUGGAAAGAUCAUGCGUCUUGGGGCUUGUCGGUAGAAGUCAUUUCCGACAAGAGUAAUGCAGAUGGGACGGUGAAGCUGGCAGCACUCACCCAAGUGUCGUGGUUCCUCGCGCAAUGUAUCAUGCGAACAGCACACGACUUGCCGCUUUCGCAACUCGAAUCCAUGACAAUCAGCUACGUUCCGCUCUUCGCCGUCACUUACUUCCUUUGGUGGAUAAAGCCAAAAGACAUUAUGACUCCAUCGAUCGUGGAGCUGCCAGUUAUGACGCUAGAGCAAAUGGCAAAGUUCGAGGACAUGGCUGUGAGUAACGAGUUUGACGAUGAUAGGUUGGGAGGACAAAACUCGCUCUGGAGUAUCUGGCAUCUCACGCCUCGCGUCUUUGAGAAAGAAGCAGACGACAAGAGAAAGCAGGAAGGGCAGGAUAAGGCAAUGCAGGAGGCUGAGAGGAGAGCGAAGGAUCGAGCAGAGAAGACUCAGACAAUUGAGGAGCAAGAAAUUGCUACAACGAGCGACAGUGAUGAAGAGGCGAACAUUGGGCUCGUACCGGUGGAGCCAAAGGAGAUUGUGGUGUCCUACUGGGAUCCAGAUCUCUACCGAUCCAGAAUCUGGCCGAUCAUUUGUUUAAUGGGUUCAUCAUUUGGUGCACUCCAUCUGAUUUCAUGGCAUGGGAUAUUCCCCACGCUCGUUGAGGAGUGGCUUUGGAGGAUAGCAGCCAUCACCUCCAUCGUCACCCUGCUGAUGUUCAUGCAUUUCGAGAAAGUGGUGUUCAGAUGGGAUGGUCCAAUGUCGCUUGUCAGUCUCUCGACACCUGUUCUGUAUCUUGUCAGUCGCAUCAUCAUGACAGGUGGAGUUAUCGCAGCGUUUCGAGCCUCUGAUCCUCGGAUUUACGACACUUACCUGGUGUCCAACUAUUGGAUUCAUGCUUUCCAACGAUGGGAUGGGAACUUCAUGUAUGUUAGAUUAUUAUUACAUAAAAUAGGGGCGUUUGGUUGGGGUUGA